UGCGUACUUACAUAUUAUUGUUAGCGUUGAUUUCCGCUUGUAGGUGAAUAAAUGUAGAGACCAGACGAUGAAACUUGAUAAGAAGAUUCUCCUCACUCACAGAAUCUUGCGUUGAUGUAACAUAUUGGACGUAAAAUACAGAUACCUGCCACACCUAGACCGCCAUCAUGUCUAACUAUCCACCGAUGGCUAACCAGUAUUUCGAUGACACUCGAGGCAGCACCAACCACCUCCAGUCUGCCUCAGAGCUGGGAAGUGCUUAUGAGCUGCGACGCCUGGGAGACUCGCGGUACACGUCACAAGCCAGUAUGACAAUGUCCUUAUAUGGAAGUCGGAGCGUUCUGUCCAUGUACACGCCGUCCCAGGCCUCCUACAUACUUCCAGUCGUCACAGAUGCACCGGACCCUAUUAAGAAGCCAGCAGAUAACUGGGGUUUCGCCUGCUGUUCUGUGUUCAUUAACCCUUUGUUUGGCCUCAUUGCUGUGUUGUUAGCAGAAAUGUCAAAGGAUUAUUUCAAUCGCUGUAAAUAUAUUCAGGCCUCGAAGUACGGAUCGUACGCGAAGGGUGCUGCAGCUGGAGGUAUAGCGUCGACCAUUAUCGUCCUGCUUCUCAUCAUAGCUCAAGUGUUACACUACCAACUCAAGUUUAACUAUUAACCUCGGCAACACGUUUCUUCUCCUCCUCCAAGCUUCUACAAAAAAUUUAACGCCAUGUUUGACCUCUUGAACAUUUGUUUUUAUAAUUCAGCUGAUAUAAAUAAAUAAUUCUAUGAUAAGUUCAAUAUCUAAGUGUCUAAAGAUGGAUUUAUUUGACACAAGUCCUUGACCUGUCGGACCAGAAUUGUUUGUUUAGGACAGGCAUAUAUUGGUCUGAUGUUGUUUUCGUGGUGAAGAGAUUCAAGACCUGCGCCAACAUACACAUGUUGGCUUGACUUGACCACCAGUAAUUUUAAGUUACCUGUGGACUGAGCUGCUGUUCUGCAUAUCAUAUUAUGACAUGGUCCAAUGUUAAAAAACUGUAUUGAAGACUCCAAUCAUAAUUUGUAUAUAGCUUUAUCUUCUGUCUUGUGAUACCACCUGACAUUCUGUGAGUAGUUGUAAUAUAUAGACACAUGUGUUACUACUGUGUCUUUUCAAGUCUGUGGAAUGAAGAUUAUGGAAUUGUUCAGCUAGUCAGUGUAUACUUACUUAACUUAAUAUUGCAAUAUUUAAAAUAUCUUUAGAGAUCUAAAGGAACUGUUUCUAAGGUCCAUUCAAAUCAAAUCAUGAUGCCAAAAAAUGGAGAGCACAAUAUUUGAUGGAGGAAACAUUGAAUUUUUUGGCUAUUGAGAAAAGAUAACAUGUUUUUUAUUUCGAUAUUUUAGUCAAUUUCUUAACAUUUUAUAUAUAACACAUGUAAAUAGUGAUCAAGGUAUAUAUAUUUUUGUAUGACAAUGUAUAGAUUUUUGUGUAAACCAUCCUAUAAAAUGUCAUCCCAUUCAUCGCUGUAAGGUGCGUACUGUGUAGUCUACUGUACAUAUUUAGUUCAAAUGUCCGUUUUAAAUAUUCCUCUUUUUUAUUUUUUUAUUUAAAGCUAUAAGAAAGCACAUUCUGUUGUUUUACUCGUAAGUGCUAUUUUUUCAUCAGUUAAGUGUUUGGGGGAAAAGAAACAGUGAUAAACUGAUUAAAAUUCUGUAGGUGAAAAACUUUGUUAAAAGUGAGCAUUGGAUUUUAAAAUAAAAUUCAUUUUUGCAAAGCACAGUGUCUUCCAAUUUCAGCAUUUUUUCCUUUUUUUUUUUUAAACAAAUGAUGUUUGCAUUCUAUGUAAAUGGCCCCUAUACUUUGUUUAUGUUAUAAUCCCUUCAUUGUUGUAAUCAUAUAAAAAUAUAACAAUAAGUGUUUUCUUUCUAAAAAAUGAUCUUGUAUCAAGUUAUACCCUCAAAAAUUUUGUAACAAUUGUAAAAAA